AUGGAAAAAAAAAGCAACAACGCUGAUAACUAUAUUAAAACCCCUAAUAAUUAUAACAGCAACACUAAUAAUAUUAAUAUUAAAAAUAAUAUUAAAAAUAAUAAUAAUGCAUUUUUAACCAUUGAAGAGUUAAAAAAAAAAUAUCCCAUAUUUAUAGGAAUACAUAUUGGUGCUGGAUACCACUCGGUUAAAUUAAGAAAAUCAUAUAAAGAAACAAUAAAUAAUGCACUUUUAAAAACAUUAACAUUAUUAUAUGACAAAAUAUACUAUUUAAUAAAUAAUAAUGAUUACAAUAAUAAUAGUAAUAAUAAUAACAUUGAUAGUAGUUAUAUAAAUAAUUUAUUAAAACUUAAUGGUUUAGAUUCAAUAUGGGCAGUUGAAACUGUUAUUUCAUUUUUAGAAGAUGACCCACUAACUAAUGCUGGUAUAGGUUCAAAUUUAAAUAUAGAUGGUGAGGUUGAAUGUGAUGCCAGUAUUAUGAGUGGUGAAUUGAUUUGUAGUUGCAAUAAUAAUUGUUUUAAUAAUAAUAAUAAUAAUAAUAAUAAUAAUAAUAAUAAUAAUAAUAAUACCGAUAAAAAUAAUAAAUUAAAUAGAGUUUGUGGUGGUGGUAUAUGGUCGGGUGUAGGUGCUGUUAGUGGUGUUAAAAAUCCAAUUAAAUUAACUUGCGAAUUAUUAAGAAAGCAAAAACUAAAUGGUUCAACUAAAUCUUUAGGAAGACAAAGGCCAAUCAUGCUUUCAGGUGAGGGUGCAAAAUUAUGGGCACAAAAUCAUAAUAUCGAAACAUUUGAUAAAAACAAUUCAAUUUUGGGUGACCCAUUAAUAACACAACAGGCAAAUAUUAAUUGGAUGAAAUAUAAAUCAAAAUUAGAAGAUUAUAAAUAUAAUAAAAACAAUCAAUGUUACAAUAAUAGUAAUAACAACAAUAAUAAUAAUAAUAACUACGAAAAUGAAUACUAUGAAGAGGAGCAGGUAGAAGAAGAUACCAAUCAAUUAUAUGAUACAGUCGGAGCAAUUUCGGUGGAUUGGAAUGGAUUAAUUUCGAGUGGUGUUUCAAGUGGCGGUAUAUUGUUAAAACAUCCAGGUAGAGUAGGGGAGGCUGCAAUUUAUGGAGCAGGUUGUUGGGCACAGAAUGAAUUAAAUGUUAACGGAUUUAAACUACCAGGUGUAGCAGCAUCAGCAACAGGUGUAGGAGAGCAAUUGACCAAGGCUUUAAUUUCAAAAGAAUGUUGUUUAAAAAUAUUAAAGAGAAAAUAUAUUGAUAGCGCAGUCAAAGAAUUUUUCGAAGAUAACUUUUUAUCACACAAUGAUUGUUUUUCAUAUAUAAAUGAAAUUUUAAUAAAUAAGUUCAAUAGCAACAAUAAUAAUAAUAAUAAUAAUAAUAAUAAUUCAGAAAAUGAACAUUCGGAUAAUGAAGAAUCUGAAGAGGAAAGUUAUGAUAAUAAUAAUAUUAUAUCCAAUUUUAAUGGUGAGGGUAGAUUGGGUGGAAUAAUAACUUUAAAAAAAGAAAAUGUAAAUAAUAAUAUGGAAAUAGAGUUUUUAUGGGCCCAUUCUACCGAGACUAUGGGCAUAGGCUAUAUAGAGUCAAAUACCUCCAAACCAAAAUCAUCUAUAUCAACAAAUAAUUCAAAUAACCCAGGUUUUAAUUUUAAAAUAUCAUCAAAGAUCAUAAUAUUACCCAAUAAUGAUAACUAA